AAUUAUUAUAAAGCAUGGAAGGAGCUGACUUUGACGACUUCGGUGAUGAAGAAAGUGUUGAAUAUGUACCCAAGCUCAGCAAGCUAGAAGAGGAGUACAUGGAGAAAGCCAGAAAACGUCAGAAAGAGAACCUAACUAAACCCCAGAUUGUCACUGGGAAGGAAUUUAAAGGAACUGCCUUUAUUUCAAAACCUGAGACGAUCUUCUUUAAAGAUUUCGAAGUGGGAAAAACACAUGUUCAGACAAUCCUUGUGACUAAUGUGUCGUUCUCCUUUAACUCAUUCAAGGUGAUGCCUUUGGAUGACUCUAUUACUGAUUUCUUUGAGAUUAAAUAUACUCCAACAGGACGGAUGUCAGCUGGUCUGAGUACUACAAUCCAAAUCACUUUUGUGCCACAAUUAAACCAGGACAUAAACUCCUAUUUGCCUUUACUAGCUGAGACUGGACCUAUAAACAUCCCACUGAUAUGCACUUGCAAGAAGGCAUUGAUAGAAGUCCCAGAGCCUAUUAUAGACUUUGCAGAUGUCAUAUUUGGCGAGCAGGCUUCUAUUAACCUGAAGAUUCACAACAAUGGAGCUCUCCCAGCCGAGAUCUAUAUCAAGACCAACAGAGGCGACAAGAUCCCUGUCAUGGAGGAAGAAGAUCUUGAAGAGAAAAAGCGUCGUGAAAAGCAACAAAAAGUAGAAGCUGAGGUCUACAGACAGAGACAGAUUAAGGAAGAACUAGAAAAAGCUAAUAAGCCCGAAGGCGAAGGUGAGGAAGAGACUAAACAAGAGGGCGAAGGAGAGGGAGAUAAGGAACCAGCCCCUAUUACUCAGGAGGAGAUCGAUGCUGCGAUGAAGAACCUUGUUUUUGAGGAUAAUGAAUUCGAUGAAUUUUGUGUCCAGGCUCUCUUUAAAAGACAGAAUAAUAUUGGGAGUUAUACAAGCAAGAACUUGUCUUUCACUUUCAAACCAAUCAAGCUUGGAAAGAUCUUCCAGGAAUGUACGUUGUUCUUUGAUAACCAGGAUUACACUGAGCCCAUCCCGAUUAUUAUCAAGGGUACAUGUGUGGAUGUGCCAAUCUAUGUUGAGAAGCUGACUUAUAACUUGCACACUCUAGUCUAUGAGAAGACGUACAGGGACAAGAUAGUGCUGUUUAAUCGAUCAUCGAAUACAAUGAAGUUGCAACUAUAUUUCCCAAAGGAACUGAAGAACUACCUUGAGUUCAACCCGACACUUGGGUAUAUCCAAGGAAAUGACAAAUUUGAGAUUUGGAUGAAGUUUAAACCAGACAGAACUAUUCUGUCAAUUAGCAAGAAAUUCAUCUCAGAAGGAAAUAAUAUUGAUAUCCCUAUUAAGGUAGUCGGCUCAAAUCAGGUGAUCCCUGUUAGAUUCAACAUCAUUGGGAGGUUUACAGUCAAUUCAGUCACAUUUAAUCCAACAAGCAUUGACUUUGGCAAUGUAUACCAUAAUUCAGCUUCAAGAGUAAAUUUGAAUAUGGAGAACCAUUCUUUGUUACCACAGAAGUUCUACUUUGCCAAUCUCCCUAAAGAGAUCAGUGUUGAGACAGACAAUGGUUGUGGAGUCAUGCUUCCUGGUGAAAGCUAUCGCUUCAGUAUUGCUUACAGGCCUAGUCAAACAACAGCUUACGAAGAAGGCGAGAUCUUCUGUAGAUUAGUCACAGGUGAGAUCUGCUCUCGAGAAGUUAAGAUUAAAUACAAGGUGAAUGUAAUGAGGCUCCCUUUGAAAAUGACAAACACCUUGAUUGAAUUCCCAGGUUUACCAGAGAAGGAGAUGGUUGAAAUCGUCACUCAAGUUGAAAACCCUUCAAACAAGACGUAUAUGGUUGAACUUUGUCCUCCAAAGCAUCAGUUGAGUGGCAUAAUGAUCACUCCAGUUGUGAUGCAGAUCCCUCCUCAAAAAUCAAGCCUGAUCAGUGUGAAAUACAAAUCUGAAUUCAGAGAUUUCAAUGCUUUCACACUUGACAACAUCCAGAAGGAAGAAGACAAACUCCGAAGAGAGAAAGAAGUAGUUGGCCUGAUCAAGAAAGAAGAUGAUGGCGAAGAACCAGGCGAGGAUGGACUCCCACCUCCUCCAAUAGACGGCAAGGCUAAGAAACGCAAGAAGAGACGUAACAAGAAAUUAGCUCAACGCUUGAAGAAGAAGGAUGAGGAGGAAGAAGCGCCUGCAGACCCCAAGAAAGGUGGCAAGAAGGAAGAGGAAAAGAAAUAAAGACGAAAAGAAAGGAAAGAAAGACCCCAAAGCUGAAGAAGAGGAGGAAGAAAGGAAACGAAAAGAGGAGGAAGAACGUAUAGAAAAGGAAAAACAACGGAUUGCAGAAAUUGAAGCCAAAUUUGAUUCUGUCGCUGAGCUCAGAAAGAUAGGCGGAAAGAAACUUGAUUUCUUCCCUGAUGAUGAUAGAAAAAGAGCUCAGCAUUAUGACUGGCUGAUUCCUAUGUUCUUUAAAGAUACUUCAAAGCCGGAUAACGAGCUCAAAAAGACAUUUAUGGAGGUAAGAACUAUUACGGUCACUAGGACUUUGAUCCCUCAAGAAGAUGUAGUUGACUUUGGAGAAGUCCCAGUCGCCUUUAGAAAAACAUAUGAAAUUCUAAUCAAAAAUAUUGGAGAUAUUGAGCAGCCAUUGAAGAUGGAGCCUUUGCCAUUAUUUGGAGGAUUUACAGUUCUAAAUGCUAGAAGAACUCUUAAGCCAGGAGAGACUAAGCCAAUCUUGGUUGAAUUCAAUCCAUUUACUCAGCAGAUUUAUGAAGAAAAACUUCAGCUAUUCUCUGAUACAACUGUAGCAUCAGUGAUGCUCAAAGGUAUUGGAGUCAGGCCAGAGGUAAGAAUUGAGCCACAAGAUGGACUCAUUUACUUUGCCAAUAUUCUGGUCAAUGAGUAUGCAGAGAAGGAAAUGGAGAUCAAAAAUGUAUCAAACUUCCCUGUAAAAUUCAGUUUGGAUAAACUUGUCGAAGGAGUUGUCAACAGGAGAGGUUUGAAUAACUUCACCUUCAUCCCAUCUGAAGGAGUAGUACCAAGCAGUUCAUCACUGAAAAUUAAGAUGAUUUUCCACCCUGACAGAGUGUCGAAUGAAUACUUUCAGAUAUUGAAGUUGAACGUGCCGAAUCAAGUCAAGGAGCAAAAUAUCUACAUCAGGGGAUACUCCUACGAUAGACAAAACUUUAUUAGAGAGGAUAAUCCUUUCAUCUGGAGAGAUCUCCAAUGGUAUAAGGACAGAAAUUACGAAGAGAUCCUUGCUCUCAGAGAAGACGGAGACGAGACCAGAGCUGACGAUGAAGAAGAGGAAAAAGCCCCACCUGAGACCAAUGAAAUCACCCUAGAAUUUAUUAGAUCUGAUAACCCAGAUGACCUUACUGAGGAAGAGAGGGAGAAAAUGUACACAAGGAAAAUCACUGUGGGUGGCUGCAAGCUUCUUGACCCUAAGUUAGAGAAGAACGGAGCUUUUGAGAUCAACCCACCAGCUGAUGAGAAAUACUUCGAAUGUGAUAAUCCUAAGGGAGCACUUGCAGGAGGUCAAGAAACCGUAAUUUCGUUCAAAUUUAAUCCACCAGAAGUCGAUCCCCUCCUCCAAGAGAUAGAGGAGGUCAGGUCCAUCGGAAGGUGGGUGGAGAGUAUCUGGGAAUGUAAAAUCACUGGUGGAUAUGUCGAACAGGGACAACCAGAUCUCCUCCCUUACCAGAUAAAGUUGAGAGCAUAUGCCCAGCAGAUUUAACCUCAGACUUAAAAUCUAGUUAUCCAAUUGAACUUUCA